AUGCGGUCGUCAAACAUCGACCAGUCCGCCGCGCCCAAUGGCUUCGGAUUCGACGAAAUGGAUCUACAACAGGAUUCGGAAGUCCCGUUGCACAAGAAACUGGAACGACCAUUUCCACGGAAUCCGUCCGUGAUUGCAGAUGAAUGUGGUUGGCCAAAGGAACGGUCGAGGGAUGUGUUGUUGCGACCGAUGUAUAUUAAUGGUGUUGAGGUUGGAUAUUCGUAAGUUUUUGACGUUUCUCAACAAAUUUUAAUUUUUAAAUUGGAAGACUUAGUUUUUAAGUUUCUUUGUUAGGUUUUCUGUAAUUUUUGCAUUCAAAUUGAUUAUUUUUAUCAUAAGAGGUUGCUGGCGGACAUGUUUUGUCGUAUAACUUUCCGUGGGCGCAGCUUACCAUGUGAUUGUUGAAUUCCGACAAAAUUUUGUCGAAAUUCGUUCUCUUUGUUGUUUUGUCUUUAAAUUCAUUGUAGAGUAUUAUUUGCGUGUUAGUUUUACUAAUUUUGAAGUUUUCUUGAUGUUAUCUUUGACGAACUCUCAAGGAUCGGCCGAUUUUUGAUCUUGUUUGCCUGAUAAAACGAUAAUUUAUAAGUUUUGGAUAUUUUUUAACAUUAUUUUAAUAUUUUCCAUUCCAGGUAUGGUGAAGCUACUGGUAAAAAGGGAGUCUCUUCGAUUAAAGGUUGUCUGAUAACCUUGUGGUACUUUAUAUUGCGUGGCCAUGAUGCAAAGCUCUUCUUUCCCCACUGUUAUCGUCGUUAUACGGAGAAGACGGACGAUCAUCAACUGCUGACUGAGCUGGCUCGAAUUGGCCUGGUUCAGUUCACACAAGGCCAAGGUCAAGAAAAGUACAAUGAGCUGAGCCGUGUAUUGGCCGCGAAUGCUCGCAGAUUUGGUGGAUGUAUUGUGGCAUGCUCGUCGUUGCGAAGAGUGUUUGAGGAGAAUCAGAUCUACCAUCGCAUUGUGCAGAAGAGAGUUUUGGUGCCAUGUUUUGUGGGUAAUGAGGUGCUUUUUCCGGCCGAUGGACCUGAAGGAAGAGUUGGGCUCAGAUUUAGUGUAAGUCUAUAGGUUUUGGUGUUUUUGAUAUUUUAGGUAGUUGUAUUUUAGACAAGUUUGGAGUUAAAAUGUAGAGAAGAGUGUGGAAAAGCUUUUAAAAUUAAAAAGUGGACAUUUGAUUCAUUCUUGAUUUAAAAAUGGCAUUUUUACAUGACAAUAGGUUCGAAAAUGAGAAAAAACGUAAAUUUUUACGAAGCUAUUAAUAUGAUGCUUAAUAUUAGUAUUACCUAUGUUCAUUCAUUCUUCUUUUUAGCGUACAAUCGUAGCCACGCCGGAGGACGAGGACUACGAAGCGGCCAAGGUCAUGCAAAUGAAGUUGGAGUAUCAGGUGCGGAUGGUCAAUUUGUUGCGUGAGCUUCACCCGAACAGCGCGAGCUUGGGUACGAUUUCGGAGAGGAUGAACGACUAUUUGAAGGAGGUUUUUCGGGCAAACAGGAAUUAUCGACCGAACUAUUACCGGUCGGAGCCGAGCUUGGAUUAUAACCCUAGGUACGGGACGGUCCGCCGGCCAAUGACCAACACGUUUUAUCGGUCGAAUACGGAGUCCAACUACAUUCCAUCGAUGAAUCCAUCAAGGGCUGAGGGUGAGUUUUUGAUUUUGUUGGUUAUUACUUUGGGAAUAAAGAUUUAUGAAGAAAAAAGUUAUUGUUUUAGAUGAAAAGUUUGUUUUUGGCUUAAAUGCUUAGGUUUUUAGAUAAAUAUUAACUUCUUUGUUCUAUAUUAUGAUCAGCUAAUGUCAAAAAUUUCAGGAUACACUUCGCUGAACAAUCCACGACCCCGAGUCACGUUUCUGGACGUCCCAAACGACAAUUUGUCCCCAUUUUCGGGCAAGAACCCUCGUUCCCAUUCUUUUGGGUCCUUUGCUCAGCCCCGCCCAACCACACAUCCAUCGAUGAAUCCAUCAUGGUCCGAGGGCCGGUUCGACGAAGAAGAUGAGUAUAUUGUGUAUUCGUAUGUCGGCGGAAAACGAAAACCAUGUCCGACUUUCUAUUAG